CUCUGAUCUCAAGCAGGAUGACCAGGUUGACAGUCCCGAGCAUGAAGUCCCUCCUGUGGAGCAGGUCUCAUGGCCCAUCAGAAAGUGGUUAGUUCUCACACUCCUGGGCAUCUCUUCCUAAACAUGCUGUUCCUGUGAUAUGCAGGAUCCAGUGCUGGGUACGGCUGUUGAUGUCUUUUCUCCCCCAGAGGCUGUGAGCACCUUCUGGCACCGGGGCAUCUCAUUGACUGGCCGUUUAAAUUCUUCUUUUGAGGACUAUCUAUACAGUUCAUUAGCCUUCAGAUUGGCUAGAUCAUUUGAGGGCUUGGGUACUUAAUUUUUGCAGUUCUUUACAUAUUUUAGACAUUAACCUUUGGUGUAUAUAGUUGGCAAUGAUUUAUAACCUAAGUCUCAUGUGAAAGGAAGGUUUUCUUGAAUAAGCUUUAAAUAAAUGUCUAUUUACAGAAACUUCUAAUUUACGUUGACUCUAUGGCAAUCCAGAAAACAUUUAAAUUCAUGGGAAAUUUUCAAAUGAAUAUUUUGUUUUCAAAAUUUGCAUUUUCUUCAUUAUUCAAUCCUAUCAACUUUCUAGUUUUCUAAAUGUCACCCAUAUUUUUAAGCAGUUGAAAAUCUUUUCACAACUGGAAAAACUACCUGAACUCACUCUGAGUUGAAAGUGAACCUAUCCAAGUUGCACAUGGAUUACUCCAACAGUGAUGAGGACGCAGAUGCUGACUUUGACACCCAACUCAUCAUUCAACGGAGUUUGCUGGAUAUUUACAAGCCACGACUAACUCAGCCCACAUCAGAAGAUGAGAGAUCCCAUUCCAUUUCGAGUGCUGACUAUAAGGAGAUAGUUGAAGCAAUAGAGACAGGUAAGGAAGGUGCAUUGGCACACUUAACCAAGUACCAGUCUGCAUUUGAUGAAGCCGAUGGGGACGGCUGGCUUCCUCUGCAUAAGGCGGCAGUGCAGUUAAAUAAGAACAUCUUAGAAAUAACCCUGAAUGCUUCCAAACCCAGUGUGUGGGAACAGACCACCCACAACGGUGAAACACCACUUUUUUUGGCUGUCAGCGGUGGCCUCCUAGAAAAUGCCCAUUUUCUCCUUCUCAAUGGCUGCGAUCCAAAUGCUAAGAAUUUGGAAGGCAAUUCUCCUCUUCUUACAGCUGUUCUGAAAGACUCCUACGACAUGGCCACCUUGCUGAUCAGCCAUGGAGCGGAUGUCAAUCUGCGAUGUGCCAACGAGAGGACUGCUCUCCAUGAAGCUGCCAAGCUAGGCAGAUGGGACAUGGUAAAAUUGAUGCUGGCUUCUGGGGCCCACCCAGAUGCACGGAGCUCCUACGGGUUUACUCCUCUUGCCCUUGCUGCUCAAGGUGGACACACUGAAAUCAUGGAACUAUUACUGCAGAAAGGGGCUAACGUUCACAGCCAGGCUUCUGAUUCCUCCUCUAUUUUACUUGAAGCCGUUAGAGGAGGAAAUCCAGAUUCUGUGACUCUCUUGCUAGAGUAUGGAGCUGAUGCCAACAUUCCUAAAAGUUCAGGCCACCUGCCCAUUCAUGUGGCAGCUGACAAAGGCCACUUACUAGCUCUAAAGAUAUUGGUUCCAGUUACGGAUAUUACUGCCAUCAAGAGGAGUGGGAUAAGUCCAGUUCACUGCGCAGCAGCUGGGGCACACCCCCAGUGCCUGGAAUUUCUCAUUCAGGCUGGAUUUGAUGUAAAUUUCAUGCUAGAUCAGAGAAUCCGUAAACAUUAUGAUGAUCAAAGGAAGUCAGCCUUGUAUUUUGCUGUUUCAAAUGGUGAUCUCCCUUCCGUUAAGCUGCUUCUGAGUGCUGGAGCUCUACCCAAUCAAGACCCAGUCAACUGCCUCCAGAUAGCUCUCAGGAUGGGCAACUAUGAGCUCAUAAGUCUACUACUGAGGCACGGGGCCAACGUCAAUUACUUCUGCAGAGUUAACCCUCUGCAUUUCCCAUCAGCACUACAGUACUCACUCAAAGAUGAAGUCAUGCUCAGGAUGCUGUUGAAUUAUGGGUAUGACACAGAGCGGUGUUUUGAUUGUCCUCACGGGGACAGAGUUCAUCGAUUUUGCACUUUUGAAGGCUGGACAUCUACAGUUAUUAAAGAUACUUUGUUUUGUGAAGUCAUAACUUUGUCAUGGCUACAGCAUCUCUCUGGAAAAGUUGUUCGUGUGAUGCUUGAUUAUGUUGAUCAAGUUCAAAUCUGUUCAAAAUUGAAAGCUGUGCUUGAAAAACAGAAGCUCUGGUCAGAAAUACAUUUUAUCUUGAGUGAGUAUCUUUCUUACAGAAAAUUCCGACCAAAACAUUUAUCUUUAUUAUAUUUUUAGAACAUUCUUCGGAUUAAAAGGUUGACCUAAAAAGAAUAGAAAAAUGCUAUUCUUUCACAACGGUGCUAUUUAUAACUACACUUAAUGUGUGCUUAUCAUCAAUUUCCAUUAAAUGAAAUCUAAUUACUUACUUGUAGAUAGGUAACACUUCUUCCUCAAUCCAUUUAACCUAUGGCUACGGAAACAAUAUUCAUCCAGGAAUUAUAAGUUAUGAAUUGGCAAUAGCAAGAGGGAAAGCUAAGUUCUAACCCUGUAGCAUAUAAAAUGAAGCUCCCUAAAUGAAUUCUCUUGCCUGGGUCAAAUUAAGAUUUUCUUAAUCUCGUUUCUCCUGGGGUCUUUGAGCUUUCAGCAAAGAGAUAAGAUGGGAAAGCUGAUAUUUAAGUACUUGAAGGAUUUGGGAGUCUCACAAGCCAGACUCACAACUGAUGUGGUUCUGAAACUAUCCUCAUGGAAGGCUGUGAUGAGAACUGAAGAGCUGUUUCCCUAGAGACAGUAUGGCAAACAGAAAUGUUAUUAACACAGAUUAUCAAAUACAUUUGUCCACUAAACCCUCAGGUCACCAAAAAACAAAGCAAUUCCUUUUGUUUCAGCAAACCCUCGUUCUCUACAACACUUGUGCCGCCUUAAGAUCCGGAAGUGUAUGGGACGGUUCCGUCUGCGCUGCCCUGUCUUCAUGUCAUUUCUUCCACUACCCAACUGUCU